AUGUUAUCACGACGAUGUUUUAUUAUUGACAUUCGCAAACUUGUUCAACAAAAGUGGACGAGCUUUGGGGAUUAUGCAGGUUAUGCUACUGCGAGUGUCGGCGAUACUAAAAACAACCUCCGAAAAAUCACUUUCCAUCGCUUUUAUAAACUGUUCAAAUGGAUAACAGUGGGUUUUCUUGCUGGCAGUAGUACCAUUUAUUUAUAUAAUUUGUUUGUUCCAGAUUGGCGAGAAUUACAAGAUGAAAAGCACUAUUAUUCUGACUGGAAGUUGCGUGUAUAUUCUUCUCUACCGCUGAAUGCACUUUCACGUUUUGCCGGUAGCCUAGCUAAUGUUUAUAUUCCGGUGUGGUUACGACCGAAAAUAUUCGGUUAG